AUGGAGUGCUGGAUAGAUCCUUUUUCUAUGGCACCUCCUAAAGCCCUUGAUAGUAUUGGGAAAACGUUGCAUUCACAGUAUGAGCGCUGGCAACCUAAGGCUCGAUACAAGCUUCAGCUGGACCCAACAGUGGAGAAAGUUAAGAAUCUUUGCAAUACUUGCCGCAAAUAUGCCAGAUCAGAGAGAGUCCUUUUCCAUUAUAAUGGCCAUGGCGUACCAAAGCCUACAUCUAAUGGUGAGAUUUGGGUGUUUAACAAGAGUUACACACAGUAUAUUCCACUUCCAAUUACUGAUCUUGAGUCAUGGCUAAAGACACCUUCCAUUUAUGUUUUUGAUUGCUCAGCGGCUGGAAUUAUUGUGAAAGCUUUUCUAGAGCGCCUAGACUGGAGUUCUAGCUCCUCUGCAUCUGCACAGAAGGACUGCAUUCUUCUUGCUGCCUGUGAGGCACAUCAAAGUCUUCCUCAGAGUGCAGAAUUUCCUGCUGAUUUGUUUACGGCUUGCCUCACAACACCCAUCAAAAUGGCUUUGCACUGGUUUUGUAAGCGAUCAUUACUCCGUGAUUCUCUGGAUCUUUCUCUUAUUGACCAAAUUCCUGGAAGGCAAAAUGACCGUAAAACUCUUCUUGGGGAGCUCAAUUGGAUUUUUACUGCUAUAACAGAUACAAUUGCAUGGAAUGUUCUUCCUCAUGAUCUGUUCCAAAGGCUUUUCAGACAAGAUCUUCUUGUUGCUAGUCUCUUUCGUAACUUCUUGCUUGCUGAGAGAAUCAUGCGAUCAGCAAGUUGUACUCCAGUUUCUUAUCCAUUGUUACCCCCAACACAUCAACACCAUAUGUGGGAUGCAUGGGACAUGGCUGCUGAGAUUUGCCUUUCCAAGCUUCCUGAGUUAAUUGCUGAUCCAAAUGCGGAGUUUCAGCCAAGUCCGUUUUUUACGGAACAGCUGACGGCUUUCGAAGUGUGGCUUGAUCAUGGCUCCGAGGACAAGAAACCUCCUGAACAGUUACCCAUAGUUCUUCAGGUCCUGCUUAGUCAAUCACACAGAUUUAGAGCGCUUGUUCUGCUCGGAAGAUUUCUUGACAUGGGGCCAUGGGCUGUUGAUUUGGCCCUGUCUGUCGGAAUAUUUCCUUAUGUACUCAAACUGCUUCAAACAAGUGCAAUGGAGUUGCGUCAAAUUCUUGUGUUUAUAUGGACAAAAAUUCUCUCUCUUGAUAAGUCGUGCCAGGUUGACUUGGUUAAAGAUGGAGGACAUGCAUAUUUUGUUAGGUUUCUUGACAGUUUGGAUGCUUACCCAGAACAGCGUGCAAUGGCUGCUUUUGUUUUAGCAGUCAUUGUGGAUGGGCAUAGGACGGGUCAAGAGGCUUGUAUGAAUGCAGGCCUUAUAGAUGUUUGCCUGCAACACCUGCAACCUGAGAAUCCUCAUGAUUCACAUACAGAACCUUUACUUUUACAGUGGCUUUGCUUAUGCCUUGGAAAACUCUGGGAAGAUUUCCCUGAUGUUCAGCUACUUAGUUUGCAAACAAAUACACCUGAAAUUGUAAUAUGUUUAUUGUCGGAGCCUCAACCUGAGGUCAGAGCUGCUGCUGUUUUUGCACUUGGGACUCUCCUGGAUACUACAUCAAAUGGCGCUGAUGAUGAUUCUGAUGAUGAUGAAAAGGUGAAAGCUGAAAUAAAUGUAGUUAGAAGCCUUCUGCAGAUAUCUUCAGAUGCUAGUCCCCUUGUUCGAUCUGAGGUUGCUAUAGCGCUUACUCGCUUUGCGUUGGGUCACAACAAACAUCUCAAAUCUGUUGCGGCUGAGUAUUGGAAACCUCAAUCCAAUUCAUUGCUGAAGUCACUACCAUCAUUGGCAAAUAUAAGUAAUCCAAGCAAUGUUUACAGUCCCAACAACAUUCUACAAGGCAGCAUUGGUCCUGUGCUGAGGGUUGGCAGUGAUAGCAGUGCCGCCGGUCGUGAUGGAAGAGUUUCUACAAGUAACCCAAUUGCAACAAGUAGCAUCAUGCAUGGCUCUCCCCAGUCAGAUGAUUCUUCCCAACACUCUGAUUCUGGCAUAUUACUGAGAGAGAAUGCUAGUAAUGGUGGUCUCGGCUACACUAGGUCGAGGCCUGUUGAUAAUGUCAUUUAUUCUCAAUUUAUAUCAACUAUGUGUUCUUUUGCUAAAGAUCCUUACCCAAGAAUUGCAACUAUUGGUCGGAGAGCACUGUCCCUUAUAGGUGUUGAACAAAUAGUCAUGAAAAAUACUAGAUUUAACAGUGGAGGUGCACAUCGGGGAGAGACAUCUGCUUCAAACUUUGGAAUGGCACGCUCUUCGUCCUGGCUUGAUAUGAAUUCUGGAAGCAACUUGAUAAAAUUUAGGACCCCUCCUGUUAGCCCCCCUCAGCAUGAUUAUCUUCCAGGAUUACGCCGAGUGUGUUCUAUGGAGUUUGGACAACAUCCUAUAAAUUCACCUGAUGGCUUAGCUGAUCCCCUUUUAAGCUCUGCUGCAGCUCCCAGUAAUGCUGAACUAUGUAUACUUCCCCAAUCAACAAUUUAUAACUGGAGUUGUGGUCACUUCUCUAGGCCUCUUUUAACUGGCUCUGAUGAUAAUGAAGAAGCAAAUGCCAGAAGGGAAGAGAGAGAACGAGUUGCACUAGAUUAUAUUGCUAAGUGCCAGCGCUCCUCUUGCAAGAUGACAAGCCAAAUUGCUAGUUGGGAUACGAGAUUUGAGUUGGGAACAAAAGCAGCUUUAUUGUUGCCAUUUUCUCCAAUCGUUGUUGCAGCUGAUGAAAAUGAGCAAAUAAGAGUGUGGAACUACGACGAUGCGCUGCCAGUGAACUCUUAUCAAAACCAUAAUUUGUCAGACAGAGGGCUAUCCAAACUUUUGUUGAUCAAUGAGCUUGAUGAGAGCUUGCUUUUAGCUGCCUCAAGUGAUGGAAAUGUACGUGUAUGGAAAAAUUUUGCUCAAAAGGGAGGACAGAAACUUGUAACGGCUUUCUCAUCAGUUCAGGGACAUCGAGCUGCUGGUCGCAGUAUUGUGAUUGACUGGCAGCAGCAAUCUGGUUAUCUUUAUGCAUCUGGUGACAUGUCUUCCAUCUUGGUAUGGGAUCUUGACAAGGAACAACUUCUCAGCACUAUUCAGUCAUCUGGUGAUAGUGCCAUUUCUUCACUGUCUGCAUCUCAGGUCUGCUCUGGGCAUUUUGCUGCUGGUUUUGCUGAUGGUUCUGUCAGGAUAUAUGACGUUCGCUCUCCUGAUAGGGUUGUCUAUAUGGCCAGGCCACAUGCACCAAGAACAGAAAAGGUUGUAGGCAUAGGGUUUCAACCUGGAUUUGAUCCGUACAAGAUUGUAAGUGCAUCUCAAGCUGGUGACAUUCAGUUUCUCGAUGUUAGAAGGGCAGCAGAACCCUACCUGACUAUUGAGGCACACAGGGGUUCACUUACAGCAUUAGCGGUUCAUCGGCAUGCCCCAGUUGUUGCUAGUGGCUCAGCCAAGCAGAUGAUUAAAGUGUUUAGUCUUGAAGGAGAGCAGUUGACAAGGAUUCGCUACCAGCCAUCUUUUAUGGGCCAAAGAAUAGGCAGUGUAAACUGUCUUUCUUUUCACCCAUACAAAUCACUCCUAGCUGCUGGCGCUGGUGAUAACGGCCUUGUCUCUAUCUAUGCUGAAAAUUACAACCACAACACAAUCGGUAGGCCUUGUGUUUUUGGCCAAGUGAUGCUCCCCACAGCAUGGUCCAGCUACAAGAUCCAAGAUGAUGUGAAGCCUUGUCACAGAGACGGUGCUAUUGCACCAUGGCUCUCGUGUAUGUUGUAUGGAAGACUUCACUUAGCGUUAAGUGAACACCAGUUUGCAAUUAUGAAGAAGCAGGGAUGGGAGGGAAUAGUGGCAUUUGAGGCGCGCCAUUGUCCUCCUCGCCGUAGCUGGCGCAUAGGAGAGACCGUCACCGGCGACGGCGAGUGUUUGCUUCCGAGGCAGCCGCGACUGACAGGUGGGGCCACCGUUCAAUGGGACCAGCUUGCAAUUCGGACAAGACGCGAAUUUUUGUUCUAUAUGAAAGAAAGGAUUCCCCAAGAAGCACCGCACAGAAACAGAACCCUCUCUGCUCCUCGCACCCUCACGCUCCAAGGCGAAGGCGGCGGCGGCGCGAUGGACGGCGGAGGCGGGGCCUCGCCCGAUGCCACCAUCUGCAUCGCCCCUGGCCCUGGGCCCAUCGUCGCGGUCGCCCCCGCCGGGAUCAGGGUUGAGAACUGCUACGUGUUCAAGAGCCGGCUGCAGGAGUACGCGCAGAAGGCUGGCCUUCCGACCCCGGAGUACCACACCCUCAAGGAAGGCCCGUCCCACGAACCUGUCUUCAAGUCCACGGUGUUGGUGAACAACACCAGGUACGAGUCGCUGCCUGGGUUCUUCAGCCGGAAGGCUGCGGAGCAGUCGGCCGCGGAAGUCGCGCUCAUGGAGAUUGCCAUGUCUGCUCCGGUGACCGAAACCCGAAGCAUCCCAGCAGUUCAAGAAACUGGCCUGUGCAAGAAUCUUCUUCAGGAGUAUGCUCAGAAGAUGAAUUACGCCAUUCCAUCUUACAUUUGCACUAAACAAGCUUCAGGUGUAGCUCCUUUCAUAUGCACUGUUGAGAUUGGCGGCAUACAAUACAUUGGUGCUGCAGCUAGAACAAAGAAGGAGGCAGAGAUAAAAGCUGCCCGAACUGCUCUUCUUGCAAUCCAGGGGCAAUCAGAAGGUUGUGCAAAUGGUGGCAAAAAGUACAUUGUUGUUCCUGGACAAAGGUCGGUUAAGGAGACAGAUAAAAAGCCAACUGAAACCCCCAAACCACUUAAAGUUAAGAAACGUGGUCCCAGAAGGAAAUGGAACAAGAGGAAAUGUAUGGGGAUGACUGACCAAAUUGUUGAUGUUCAAAAGGAUGUAGAGGGGCUUGGAAUGCUUCUACACUACGACUAUGAAGAAGCUAGAAGAAUAGAAUAUGAGUUAUCUAGAGAUACUGCAAUGGUCCAAUUUAACAAGGAAGUUAUAAUGAUGCAACCUGGUGAGGGAGGAGAUAGGGCAGUACAACCGGAGUCACCCAGAGAUCCUGCAAAGGUCCAACACGACAAUGAAGCUAGAAGUGUCGAACAGGACGCACUCAGCAACACUGAAGUGGUGAAGGCUAACAAUGAAGCUAUAACUACUGAGCAUGAGUCAGUGAGCGCAUAUGUAGCAUUGCGAUCUAAUGGGGAUUCUACAGAUGUGAAGGAGGCACCAAGUAAUACCUCAAUGAUGCAGGGUGAGGAAUCGGAAACCACAAUGCAAGAAGCACCUCACACUGGUGAGCGGGUUCAACCUAACUAG